AUGUCUAUCCUCUCAAUCAUCUCAUCUUUCGGUACCUCAUCUGUCUCAAAGAGCACUUCAAGUUUCAAGUCAAUGGGUUCAUCUUCAAUGCAAGGAAUGAACUUUGUUAGUGGAACCACUGUUACCAGUACCACCAAGGCUAAUGCCACCGUUGACACCAACACCAAUGUCCAAGCCAACGUUGAUGCUGCCACAAACCUUUUGGUCAGACUCUAA